GUUCAUAUCCCCGUUGUUGUCGAGCGCAUUCGUGACAAACUGGCUGAAAACAUGCACGAGCUCUGGGCAAUGCGAAAACUGGAGCAGGGUUGGACCUUCGGCGAGAAACGUGAUGACGUGCUGAAAAAGCACCCCAACUUGACGCUGUUUGACAAGUUGCCGCAGAACGAACGCCAAUACAGUCUGACGAUGGCUCUGGAGAUGCUGAAAACCACUUUCGCUAUGCACUUCAACAUUGGCUACGAGAGCCUUCCAGAAGGCACACGGAUGAAGACAGUCAAGUUGCCCUCAUCAUUUAUCCAAACGAACGGCUACAAGCCGCAACCUCUGGACUUGUCAGCUAUUCGGCUUUCGUCUCGUCUCGAGGCUCUUGUGGACCAACUGGCUGAGAAUACCCACAACAUCUGGGCGAAAGAUCGCAUUACGCAGGGCUGGACUUACGGUCCCACGGAGGACAACAACCUCAAACGCAGUCCCCACCUUGUACCCUACAGUGAGACUAAUGCCAACAUCAAACGGGCGAAUCGAGAAACGGCCUACGACAGUGUGAAAACUCUCCUGGUCUAUGGUUACACCAUUGAAGCAAUGUCCGGCGAAUCUCCCGAUCACGGUAACCAAAACGCCCUAGGAGAUUUGGAGGAGAAGACCAUGAAUUACCGAGCUCAGGUCACCAGAGCAGUGACUCGUGGCAAAUGGUACUACGAAGUGGAGCUCCUCACCUCCGGCAUGGUUCGCGUUGGAUGGGCCACUGCCCUCGCACCUCCCGAUGUGGUGAUCGGAAUGCGUGGCUCUUCCUACGCAUUCGCUCCCGACCAGGCACGGAAGUAUCACAGAGAGGGCGUCGCUUACGGAAAAUAUUGUCAACCAGGAGAUGUUAUCGGCUGUAUGCUGAAUCUAACUGAAAGAAAUAUCACCUUCUCCCUAAACGGUGAGAUCAUGAUGGACCCAAUGGGCCAGGAGAUUGCCUUCAAGGAUCUGAAGCCAGGAAUUGGCUAUGUUCCCGCAUACACAUUGGGUUCAGGACAACAAGUGAAGGUCAAUUUUGGAAAUGUUGUCCAGACCCUCAGGUACUUCACUGUGUGCGGUCUGCAGGAGGGCUACAGUCCAUUCGCCGUUAAUAUGAGCCAACCAGUCCCAAUGUGGUACAGCAAAGUUGAUCCGUCACUGUUUGUUGACCUCGAUAAGAAUCAUCAGAGCCUCGAAACCAAGGUCUCCAGUGCAUAUCCGCCAACGAUAAACAUAUUGGCCAAGGCACCAAGUCCUACGGGCCUGCACCCGGUGGAGUACCUGCGCCUGAGUUUGGGUAUCAAAUGCAGAAGCACAUUCACAACUCGAACGCAACAAGAACGUCACGCCAACCUGGACAAUUUGAGACACCAGUUUGAACCCGAGGUUUACCCGCAUUCCCCUAUGGGGAUACCUGGUGAUCCGACCAACCUGGCCCUCCUUGCUCAGGAUAUGGCUUCUUCCACAUUGGAAGUGCGUGAUCGCCGUGGGAAAAAGAACCGCCUAGCCAAUCCCUUCAAGAAGGUGCGGUCAAGAGAUGCCAGCCCCGAAGUCUCUAAUGCCUUCGGAGGUCCUGGAUCAAUGAGUCUUUUGAGUGGAACGCCCAGUGGUAGCGGAAUCGGCAGCAACCUGGGCAGGAAGGUGGAAACUGGCGGUGCGGGCAGUCUGCUCUCUGGUCAUCCGGGGGGCUCUGCUUCCAACGGUCCUGACGCCCAGGCGGGCACCGGAGGCGAUGACUACGACUUGACUUUGGUUUGUUUUCUAUCCCCUCCUCUUUUCUCCUUUUAA